GGCUCGUUCCCCGCAGCGGAGCAGAGCGGACAGGCGGCGGCAGGAGGAGGAUGGAGGCAUCGCUGGAGAAGUAGCCUCGCCACCGUCAGCCUGGACCGCUGGAUUUCCCCGGAGCUCGGAGCAGGAGACGGACCAUGAUUGCGCUGCCUCGCCGGGCGCCGCCGAGCACCUCCAGGAGAUAGCCAGUGUUGCAGCAUGGCCCCCCAGGAGGAAUGACGGAGACCCGCCCCCCUCGGGUGUCGCUUCCACCGCUGGAGAAAAUGCUGGCCGUCCUGGUCCUGGUCCUGGCGUCCCUCGCCGCCUCGCACGCCACGGAGGACGGCAACGCUACGGAGGACGGCGGCGGCAGCGGCGGCUUGGUCCCAGUCGCCUUCACCACAGUGAGCCAGAUAAUUGCCCGGGAGGGGAGCUGCGCCCUGAUUGAUUGCAACGUCACCGGAGAGCCGUUCCCCAGCGUUCAGUGGUUCAACUCCCACGGGCAGCGCCUGGACACGGAGGCCGGCGGUGGGAAGUGGUGGCUGCUGGACGGCGGCGUCCUCAACAUCACCGCCAUCGAGUUCGCCGACCGCGGCAAGUACACCUGCAUGGCGUCCAACCGGCUGGGCAGCGCCAACUGCACGGUGACGCUGCGCGUGGUCUUCACCAACGGCGACAUGGGCGUGUACUACAUGGUGGUGUGCCUGGUGACCUUCACCAUCAUCAUGGCGCUCAACGUGACGCGCCUGUGCAUGAUGAGCAGCCACCUGAAGAAGACGGAGAAGGCCAUCAACGAGUUCUUCCGCACCGAGGGCGCCGAGAAGCUGCAGAAGGCCUUCGAGAUCGCCAAGCGCAUCCCCAUCAUCACCUCGGCCAAGACGCUGGAGCUGGCCAAGGUCACGCAGUUCAAGACCAUGGAGUUCGCGCGCUACAUCGAGGAGCUGGCGCGCAGCAUCCCGCUGCCGCCGCUCAUCAUGAACUGCCGCACCUUCAUGGAGGAGAUCCUGGAGGUGGUGGGCGUGGAGGAGAUGCGGCACACCUUCGUGCGGAACGCGCCGGAGGGGCGGCGGGAGGUGGCGGGCCGCGUGGCGUCCAUCGGGGCGCGGGACGUCUUCACCAUCCUGCAGGAGCGGGAGCGGGGGCGGGAGCGGGAGCGCAGCGAGUCGCCCGCCGCCGACUCCGACAACUCCUCCGUGCACGAGCAGCCCCAGCACAUCGCCAUCCAGGUGUCGGUGCACCCGCCGCUUGCCGCCACCGCCGCCGGGUACUGCCUGGAAGCCCCGCCGCCGCUGGAGGCCCCGCCCUCCUCGCCUCCGCCCGGCUCCCCUCCGCCGCCGGCUCACCUCCAACCCGAGGAGCCCGAGGCGGCGGCGGGGGCAGCGGCGGCGGCCUGCGAGCCCGCGGACGCCAAGACCCCGUCAUGCCAGGUGUUUUACGAGAGCCACGUGUGACGAAACAAACGCACCCGGUCCUGCUAUGCAUUCUCACACACACACACACACACACACACACACACACACACACACACACACACACACACACACACACUUCUAAUUUAACCGUUUGGAGUAAAAACAAUCACUUUUUACUGAUCUCCUCUCCUCUUCUCACUCUGGACCUUCAUGCUUGAAUGUAGGCGGAGGAAGGAUCACUGACUCCAUGUAUCGAUUGUCAGGAAGUGGAGACUUUGACUUAAAGGUGCAAAACGUUCGGCGGCGGCGGUGGCAAGUCGCUCUGGCGUUCAGUCUGCCCUCCGCCAGAGGACAGACUGAACGCCAGAGCGACUUCCCGGAAGACAGACUCGCCGCCGCCCCCCUCUGGCCACCGUUCCCGACGGAAUCUGCCUCAAACCGCUCUUCUCGUCCGGAGACGCCCAUCUGUCCGUCAUCCCGCCGCCACCGCCGAUGCCGACGCACCGAUGCAUGCUGGACUUCCAAUUUCCAUGAUUGUACGGCCUUCAGCAUUUCUAAAAAAGUGUGCGUAGUAUUACUGUUCUCCGAUUAUUACCCAUAGUGCAGUGCUUUCCGUUCUCCAGAUAAGAUUUUCUGUCUCGUUUCCUGAAGUAGAAAAGAGCAUCGUUUCUUUUCCUCUGUCUUGCUGUUUUUAAUUUUUUUUGAAUUUUUUUUUAAAUCAGCCCAGCGUCCUGCUCUGAAAAAAGAAAAAAAAAAAGGAGUGAUGGGUUCUCUUCUUCCUCUGCUCGGCUCCGGUCCGGUCCGGACGCUGUUCUGCUUCUCCUGGUGCUCUUCAGAUUGCCUCCUCUCUUUUGUAGUGGAAUAAAAAGGAAGUGCUGUGCUUCA